AUGCGCUGCUUUCGAAAAAAGGUGCGUGAUGAAGAAGAAUUCACCCUAACCAGCAGCGUGAGUGAGGAACUCCAGGGAGACAUUUGCAACGAUGGCAAACCGUACGGAAAUGCCGACCCGCAAGAGCAAGUGCCGGAGACAGGUGACAUAACUCAGUUCUUUGGAUCGUUCGUACAACCCAACGCUUCGAUGGUGGGCAACAGUUUCUGCACAACACCAUUUCCCGUCCCGGUUUCAUGGCAUAAUCUAACCUACUCGCUGCAGGGUAGGGUAAUCCUUCACAAUCUCACCGGCACCGCGCUCCCGUCGCGUUGCCUUGCUAUUAUGGGUGCCAGCGGUGCGGGGAAGUCAACGUUCCUCCACGCGUUGUCCGACCAUCUUGCAACCUCCAAGGACCGUAAGCUUGAGGGGAAAAUUCAGCUUGGGGAUGUGGAGUACAGGCAUCAGUACCGCAAGGUGAUGGGUUUUGUGGGUCAAGAUGAUGUGCUUUCAAACAUCUCAACGCCGAAACGGUCCCUCCGCUUUUCUGUCCGCGUGAGGCGUAACCCAGAUCCAGAAACCACCAAACAACAAGUGUCAGACGUAAUGGACGAGCUUGGUCUUCAGCAUUGCCGCGAUACGACUGUCGGGACACCAGGUCUUGUGGCUGGCCUUUCUGGGGGCGAACGCAAACGUUGUAGCAUGGGAGUGGACCUUAUUUGUGACCCGAAAAUCCUGCUUCUGGACGAACCCACUUCCGGGUUGGAUCAUGUCACGUCAGCGAAGGUAGUGCAACUUCUAAACACUAUUGCCCGCAAAGGGCGCACAGUGAUAUACACCAUUCAUCAGCCCUCCGCAGGAGUGCUCAACCACUUUGAUGAUCUGAUGCUGCUCGUCCUUGGACGGUGCGUGUACCACGGGACUAUGGAAGAUUCAGUGGCAUACUUCGAAUCGAUUGGUUACGUCUGUCCUGAGACAUAUACCCCAACCGACUUUUAUAUGACACUAAUGCAGGACUCAGUGCAGGCGAAGGUUCUCAUCAAACAGUGGAAAAGGCACGUAAAAAGGAAGAGAACGCUCCACACGAGGGUUGUAGAGCUGAAUCAUCAACCAUGGACAUCGGACACAGCCAAGUUUCUCCACGGGUAUAUUCAACGGUUCAAGGGAAGUGCUGUGAGCCAGUUUUCGGAGCUUGUUCGCCGUGACUUCACGGAACUCAUACGUAAUCGCACUUUCAUUAUCACAUCUCUUUUCCAAUCAUUGAUCUUCUCAUUGGUGGCUGGCCUUAUUUUCUUCGGUGUCAGUUCAGAUAUGACGGGGAUUCAGGACCGUGAAGGCGUUCUUUUUAUGGUUGUUAUAAACCGUGCGAUGGGACAAACCUAUACCAUGAUGCACCGCUUUUAUGACUUCAAGGCGUUAUAUAUACGUGAACAGCAAGUUGGCUCAUACCCGCCACUCCUCUACUUGCUGUCCAAGACGAUCGUGGAAACUCCCUAUCGGUUAUUGUUUUGUCUUGUCGAAUGCGCAGUUGUUUAUUGGAUGGUGGGCCUCUAUGCAAGCGCGGGCGCCUUCUUCACUUUCUAUGCCGCCAUUGCGCUCCUCAGCGAGGUUGCGGCCAGUUUGGGAUUUUUACUUAGUGCGACCUGCAGUACUUCCGUCGGCGCUACGGGCUUUGCCCCUAUCGUAUUGUUGCCGCUUACUCUCGUUGGAGGACUGUACGCCACCACCGAUCGCAUGCGCCCUUACUGGUACUUCUUGGAGAAGCUCUCCUUCUUUCGACAUGCUUAUAUUCUUGUUCUUCGCAAUGAAAUGAAGCACAUUGACGAGAUUGAGUGUGACGAGAAGACUAAUGCCUCCGGUCUUUGCGGAUACAUCCCAGCGAACGGAAAAGAGGUUCUGGAACUGAAUGGGCUGGAGGAUGGGCAGUCUGAAAACUGGAUCAUGUGGUUGUGCUUGGUGCUCUUCUAUGUUCUGCUGCGCACUGGAAUAUUGGGUGCGUUGUACAAGGCGGCGCGACACAAACUAUAA